AUGAUAUCAAGAUCCAAAAUCCAGCUAAUCCCGUGGGACCCCGAGUCGCCCGACCAUAUACAAAGACUUGUUGAGCAGAGGGUGCAGUGCGGAUGGCAUCAGCUGAGGGUCGCCUCAAAAUGGCGCGACGAGCAAAGGUCUGGUGUCAGAUGCCUUUACUGGAUCUGCUUCUCACCCGGCGAUCCUGAGCUAGAAGAAAAGCUUCGCCGCCAUCGAGACGCAUACCCAAAGGAAAAAGAUGCCUUACGUGAUACCGGCGCCUCAAUCAGGGGCGUCCCCAGGACGCCUUCCAUGGCCGACAUCCAUCCGAUUGGCCACAUCUCUCUUGACCAAGGAAACUCUGACGCAGCUGACCUGAACCUGGAUCUGCCCGACAGCGGCGUCUACUGGAUCAAAAACUUCUACAUAUCCAACGUACUUCAGAGCGGAGGCGUUGGGCGGGCGGCCAUGGACAUGAUCGAAGCCAUGGCGGUUGAAGAGCCGCUUUGUGCCAAAACACUGGCUCUCGAUACGGUGCACGUCGAUGACCAAGUUCUCAACGCCGGGUUCUUUACAGCGCAGGGGUUGCCGCAGCGCAAGAUGAGCAACCACGAAUGGUAUAGGCGGAGAGGAUACCGUGAAAUCAAAGUGGUGCAGAACUUCUAUCGGGAGCCAGAUGCCGAGGGCAACAUUUGGGAUAUCAAGACAGUCUUCAUGAGGAGGGACAUCGGCUGA